AUGAGGGUAUCCAGGUAUACGGUAGUGGAUGGUUUUUUGGUUUUCACAGCCGCCAACGGCAAGCGCAAAAUAGUUAGCCCUGAAUAUCUGCAAAGGCGGGGGACUCAGGCAGAAAGAGAAGCAAUACAUGCUGCAGAUUUGAAUGACUUGAGUGUGUUUGAUACAUGCAUUUCUGACGCUUUCCCAGUAGCAUCAGAGCGCCUCUUUCAGCUGCUACCUGUCGUUGAACGUAGAUUUUACGGCGAUGGCAAGGGCCAUAGAGUGGUGAGCUCGAGAAAUACCACUUUGGAACAUAAAUCUCGAUCGUAUGCGUGGCGUGUUGUGGAGUUUUUUACUCGCAGUCAUCGGAAGAAGUAUCUUUACCACGAACUUGGAGGCAUUCCAAUAUGCUGCUCGGAGGCUGAUCCUUUCCAGCUGAGAAUUAUUGAGCACGAGCGCAACAACUCUGUGUUCUUUGUGGAGCUUGGUGUUCAGCACAUAAAAUUCACAGCCAACGACGUACGUCUUUUGCGCAUGUACCAGCGCAGCAAGGAGAGGUACAUCGCGGAGAGCCGGGCGCUCCUAAGUCAUAUGGGAGAUGUAGGCCGUACUAAGGGCCUUACCAGACCACUGGAGCCUACGUUUUUCCGUCCAAUUGCCAAAAGCACAGAAUUACGCGAGUUCCAGACGUCAACAAGAGCACGGUAUGGUCGAGAUUUUGCCGUUUUAUAUUAUGUUCUGCUCCACUCGGCGGAGUUGUCGUUCAUGAGAAAUGCUGCAGUGGGACAUUUUGACGAUAUUGAUAGUCCCAACGAAGGUGCUAUCUCCCGUUUCGACGAAGAGACUAUAGCCUCCUACGCAAAUAAAAUGCACCGUAUCUUCCUCGACGCCUUGACGCAACCUGAGGCCCGCGGACUUGUACAUAUCCUUGUACGUUUAUGUGGUCUGAUGUGGACCGUAGCCGACAUCGCAUGGAUGCACUCAAGGGCUGGGUGAUGAACGCCGUUAUCUAUCAGGACCCUGACGACAGCAACAGAUGCUUUGAAAAAGAAACCUGGGUCUGGGUCAAGGAAAUCUACACAAAGGUAUGCCGCGAGCUCGACUACUCUGCCGUAUAUCACUCCAAGUCGAUAGGCGAUGGUAAAUACAUUAUUGAUGGAAAGCAAUUCUCGCGCGAUUAUGUCCGUAGUCUGUACUGGGAACUUCAGUGCCAGGUAGAUGAGCUGAUUGAGCAGCUGAGUGAAUUUUAAUUUUACUACAUGCUUCCUCUCGCUACGGCCUGCAGUACAGUGUUUGAUUCGCCCCACGAGUAUCUCGAGGAGAGCAAAAAGACACCGAAACGCUCGUUCCAGGCUCUGUUCAGUAUCAAUGCGUUACGAGAUCUUGAGCCGCGACCCAAAGAUGUCUUGCGAGACGCAGUACUCGGUAUUAUAGAUACCAUAUCCUACCAUCUAAUGGCAAUGGUGUAUAUCGCCUCGUGCGGACCGUACCGUUUUCCAGAGAUCAGGGUUUUGCGCGUUUCGGGCCCACAAAAGAACAUCUUUGUCGACGAUAAGCUGCGGCGGAUCCAACUUCUGACUAACUACACGAAAAACGGCAGCAACAAGCCGCUAGCAAAGGAGCUAGACAAGAAUACUUCAGACUAUUUGUUCUACUUUCUCACCGUUAUCAAGACCAUUCAAAUCUCGCUGCUUGAAGAUUACGAC